AUGCCACCAAAAAGACCUUCUCGCAAAGCCACACGAGCUCAGCCCGCGUCCUCUCGUCGACGCCGGAACGAUGCCGCCGCAGACGAUGAUGGCGCGAACGACGCGCCGAUCGAUGAUGAUAUCAAUAUGGACGACGACGACGACGGCGACGGCGACGGCGAAAGUGCAACUGAGAGUGCAAAUGACCUCCGCAGCGUCGAGGAAAGUCUGAAGAUCAGUAUGGUGGUCGAUACCGGUUUGCGCAAAGAACAAAGACAGCGCCGUCUUGAGACCGAGUUUGAGGGUCAGGUUCGCCUUGUGGAGGAGCAGGUCGAGAACAGGGGCGAGGAGAGGAAGAGAGAAGUUGCCCAAUGGCAGAGCGACGUCCUGGCCAGACUCCUCGCCCUGUCACGUCGCAAGUCCGACCUCGAGACUCAGAUCUUCAAGGAGACCCAGGAACUCGCCGACGCGUACCUCGCGCUGAAGGAGGAAUUUGAAGCAGUGUUGCAGGGCAGGGAGGGAGACGUCAACGAGGCCAUUGACUCAUUGAACAAACUAGAGGAAGCCGCUCCUCCAAAGACUUCCUCGUAA